AUGGAGGAUAUCCACUGGGCUUUCUGUAGCCCCAAGCUUAAUCAGUCUCGUUACCUUAACGACUUGGACCGCAUAGCAGAUUCAGCCUACCUGCCAACUCAGCAAGAUGUGCUUAGAGUUCGAGUCCCAACAACAGGGAUCAUUGAAUACCCAUUUGACUUACAAAGCGUCAUUUUCAGAAUGGUGGAUGUAGGAGGCCAACGAUCGGAAAGAAGAAAAUGGAUACAUUGCUUUGAAAAUGUCACAUCUAUCAUGUUUCUAGUAGCUCUUAGUGAAUAUGAUCAAGUGCUUGUGGAGUCUGACAAUGAGAAUCGAAUGGAAGAGAGCAAAGCACUCUUUAGGACAAUUAUCACAUAUCCAUGGUUCCAGAAUUCUUCGGUCAUUCUGUUCUUAAAUAAAAAAGAUCUUUUAGAGGAGAAAAUUAUGUACUCCCAUUUAGUUGAUUAUUUCCCGGAGUAUGAUGGACCACAACGGGAUGCACAAGCAGCACGAGAGUUCAUCUUGAAGAUGUUUGUAGACCUGAAUCCAGAUAGUGACAAAAUUAUCUACUCCCACUUCACUUGUGCUACAGACACAGAGAAUAUACGCUUUGUCUUUGCUGCUGUCAAGGACACAAUUCUACAAUUAAACCUGAAGGAAUACAACUUGGUCUAACUGUACCCAAAAGGCCCUCCAAAACCACCUUUGUGUGAUUGAAGAUGCACAAUAGGGACGGGAUUACCUGUGAAAACAAGUUGCAUAAUACUAAUUUAUUGCUGGCCUGCACUCUGUGAAUGUUCAGAGUUUUUUAGUUGAUAUUAUGAUUUUAUUUAAACUAUAUGGAGGAAAACCAAAAUAUGCUGAAGUACAGUCACAGUACAUUUUCUUAUUUUUUAGGCAAAAUCUUGUGACUCAGUUGUUUCUAAAUUCUCAGUCAUACACUCACAAAGGAUAACAGGUUUUUGCUAUUGCAGCAAAAUCAAGCUGGUUUCCUCUUUCCCUGACCCAUUGUCUCCCUCCUUCCUUUCCCGCUAUGUUUGAAAAUACAAUGGCCAUUUUACCACUUGCAUUCCUUGAUAACAUAUUUUCUGUUGAGUGACUUGGCCAAGAAAAUUACUAUCAUCAGAAGUGAUCAGUCAUUCAAAUUUUACAGAAUGUGCUUUCUCUGAAGGAUCAGAAGUAUUGAUAGCAUGAUAUUUUUUCAUUCUUAAAAUUAGUGUUCUCAUUCUGUCUUCACUUCUGAGACUAGAAUAUUGGGAAUUUGCAAAAUAGAAAUAGUUGUGUAUGGAUUUAGAAUUUAAACAUACUUUCACAGCUCAGAAAGAUGCAUAGAAGACAGCAAUAAAAUAAUUAAAGACAUAAACCUCAGAUGUUCAUAGAAUAUAAUCGAAUCUCUUUUUAAUUGCCAUGUGUCAUUAUUUUCUCUUUUCUUUAAUCACUAAUGACAAGUAGAAAUGUCAUGGACACUACAUUUUCCCCAGUGACUACAGCCGGAAACAGGGGUAGGGGUUUAUUUUUCAGUUGUGUGCAUUUUUUCUUAAGUUAGAGCUUUUUUAAAGUGUUUUUUUUGCUAUAUAAAAUCUUGCCAAAUAUGGCUUAUUAUGAGACCAAUACUUUUGAAACAUAAGAUAGUGAUUGAAAUGCCAAACUAAUGGAUUGGGAAUUGACCUGAUUGAGUCAACUGCCAAAUGAUAAACAUAGUUUUAACUCAUAUGUUCCUGUUUUUAUUGUGUUCCAUUUUCUAAUGCCAAAAACAACAGUGUGAGUGAACAUGCUACUAAGUAUACGUGUAUAGAAGACAGUUUAAUUCUCUCCUUAUGUCAGAGAUGGCAUGAGAUUGCAUACAGUGUUUUUUUUAAUAAUAUCAAGCACCUCGUUUAUUACUGAUGAAUGAUCACAUUCAGAAACCUUUCUUGAUAAGGUUGCCUCUUAACCUAUUCACAGACAUUUUAUAGGUUUCAUGCAAAAUAGUCUCUCUUGAUGUUCUUUAGAAAGAUUUCUUAAUGCAAAUCACUCUUGAAAUUUAAACAUGAAAAAUUUUAAUAACAAAAAUGUAGCACCCAUCAAUGAGAAGCUUGAGUUGAAAGGUGUUUUUUGACCGGGUGCAUGAUUGCUAGCAAGCUACAGAGAACUCUGAGGUCAGACAUUGCCAAAUAGCAAUAGGGUGCACUUAGCACAGAAGCUGCUUCCUCUCAACAGCAAAGGAGAGGUGGGAAAACAAUCUCUUAUUACUUGAGUAAUGAAGUUAAAAAUAAAUACUAAUGAGAUGUUUUUCAUCCUUAAUACUCCCUACUCUAAAACAACAUUAAUAAGAAUAGUUGCUAGGUUUUGUUCCCUCAUAAAACACCCUAUAAUUGGAAAUUGAUUGUAGGUAUAGUGCAAUUAUGAAUGCUAUAAUCAUUGUACAUGCAUAUAUGCCAACAUCCAUAUUGGCUUUAUAUUCAUUAAUUUUGGGCAAAUGGAUUGUGCUGUGUUGAUAUGUAUCUAUGUAAUUGUAUAAUAUGUCUUAUAGCUGAUUCACAUUUUAAAUAAUGUUAUUUUAUUUACUUUUUAAAGAGAAAAAUGUACAUUUUUUUCAGUUUAUUCCUGACUAGGUAUUUGUUGGUUUUAUUUAAAAAGCUUAUAAUAGUAAAGAACUGUAGUAGCGUUGUGCUAUAUAGAAUCAUUUGAACAUUCCUGAGUAAGAGUAAAUUGGAGACACACAGAGGACAGUCAAAAGCAAAACAAUGCUAAAAUCUUGUCAGGGCUUUAUACAGAUGUAGAAGCUGUUUUUGUUAGAAGAAUUUAUGCCAUUAUAUCUAGGAUUAGAAUAUAAGCUCUUAAAUAUCAAUUUGUAUUUGGCAGAUUCAACUUCAGUUAAUUUUACCUUUCUAAUAGCCUUUUUUAGAAAAGUGAAAUUAGAGACAUUUCAAACCAUUGAACAUAAGUACUAAUGGGCAUAUUCUAUUUCCCUAAAAAUAUAAUAAAACCAUCAGAUCAGUUAAACAUUAAUUCAGAAAUUACAGAAACCUUAGAGUUAACAACCACAAAGUUGCUAAUGUUAAAAAUUUUAAGCAGUUAAAAUUUGUUUAAUAAAGCUAAAGCACAUAGUUGAAGGCUAUAAAAAGUGACACUGACAUUCUAAAUGUAUCAUCUGAACAGCUGUUCUUAUUAUAUAUGUAAUUCUAACAUUAGCCAUGAUCUUACUUAUGAACAUAACAAAUCUUCUGGUUUAACUGUUGACUGGAGUGUCUGAUAAUAUCCUUUCUUUCAGCCUGUGAAUACAUUGGCCACCAUGGAUUUAGUGAUACAAAUAGAACUGUAGGGGAGAAAAAAGCAAAAACAUGCCAGUGUUGUCUAAUGAAGGUUUGGGUUUGUUUUAUUAUGGGAUAUCAGGGGAUUGUAUGGGGUUUUAAGUUUUAAUAUAAAAAGGAUUUGUAUAAAACAAACCAAAAAUUUACUCACACUUUAUAGACAUAUUGUGAUUGCAAAAUUCAAAUGUGUGUGCCACUGGGCUACUUCUGGUAUAUUUGAAUUGAGUUGAACCUGUGACAAUGUUUAGAUCAUUUAAACAUAUUCUGAAAAAAUAUAAUCAGCAUGUUAACACAAGCCUUACAUAACUCACCUAACACAGCAUUGCAGUGUGACAGUGUUUACAAAAGCAUUUAAUUUUUAAAUGACAGAUGUUCUCGUGCAAUAUAUUUCAUUGCUGUUGCUGUUUUAAUUAGUGAUUUCCACUAUGCAUUAUAGUGCUUGAGUCUAGAAGUAUGUGCUUCUAACAUGAAGCUGAAGGCAAAAAUAAGACAGGAACCCUUUUAAUUUUGCAAAAUUACAUUGUUUCAUUGAAUGUCAUUAAUGGGAGAGGAGAAAAGGAAAACAUUGGGAAACUAUUCUAGGUGUAAAAGAAAACUGUAAAUACGUUUUAAAAAAACCUUAAACUUGCUUUUUCACUAGUUAGCUGGCACUUUGUUUACAUAUAUAGGAUGACGAAGCUAUAAGGGCAGUUUACUUUUAUAAUUCAGACUUCUGAUUUUCAAGGUAGCCUGUAAUUUUGAAUCAUACUGCCACAUGAUUUUGAAGCACUUUUUAAAGUUUGAAAGUGGAGAAGAGGCUUUAUGCUGGUUAUCAGUCAGAACUGCCUGCAUGAUUUGCAAAAACUUUAAAGGUGAUAAAAGGGCUGCAUAUGAAGAUAUUGCUAGACUCUGAGCUUUUGUUCAUGAGAGGCAAGACUUUCAGAUUGCUCAACUUUAUGGUCCUUCCCUUGUUAUGCAUUUUUCACAAAAUAUUGAAAUAAUAGGAGAAAACAGAGACAUGUUAACCCAUAUGGAAAAGAAAAAUAAUGUCCAAAUAAUUUAUUAUAUGUGCUGCUAGUAUUGAAGGUCUGCAUGAUUAUCCUGCAUUACAUUAGCAAAAUAAUGAAGUGUGCACAGUAUAUUAACAAGGCCUACAAACUACCUACCUGUAGUUAAGAAAUCAAUAAAUUAAAUAUGUUUUGGAGGGUGUCGCAAGUAAGGAAAUUAAAAAGGCCUGUUGUUUAUAAUUAAUGGUUAUUUGAGGCCUUCACACUUUUGCAGAUAAAGUCCCUCUUUGGACAUAAACAACUAAGAUAGUAUGUCCCUGUCCAAUUUGCUAGUUUAGUAGUGAUCAUGAAAAACAAUGUGUUUUGGUUUGAAGAGAACGACUGAUAGUUCCUCUUUUUUGUUGUUGUUUUUGCUUUUAUUUACCAUUUUAUUUAUCAGUCAAAACAAACAUUUCCAUGUAAUCAGUAAUUCAUUGAGGGUCAUUGUUUAUCUAGUUACAGGGUUUUUAUUGUAACUUUCUCUCGAGCUUUUUUACAGUAGCUAUGUUGCAGGAAAAAAAAGAAUUGAAGAAUCAUUUGGGCAAAGCUGAUGUUGAAGGUAGUGUCAAAAAUGCAAGGGAAUUCAACCAAAUCAAUCUUACUCUUGGUAAUGACUGCUGUUUUUGUGAUGUUAGGGGGUUUUCUAUCAAAAGAUGGUCUAAGAUGAAGUCUUGCUGGAUUUCUUAUUUAUCAUGCUGCAGAAAAUCCUUUUUUUUUUUUUUUUUGCCAAUAUAUUGGAAGGGUAGUCAGAUAC